AGCGCCACACAGACCUGAAGGAAUAAUGAAGGGUGGACGCGGUGUGGGGUGGCUCCUCACUCAUUGGCUGCGUCACACAGUAGCUCCCACUCUGGCUCAUAAAUGCGCUCCCACCAACCACCGUAAAGCAAGUUAAUCACAGGCUACUGUGAGAGACCCACCAUCCAUCGAGUUUUAUUUUUUAUUUUUUUGCGAAAUCCUUCCUGGGAAUGCGUUCUGAUUUAAAAGCUGUCACGAUUCCACAAUCUGAGCCGCGUUUUCAUCCUGCAGUGCUGCAGUUUUGUCGCUUUUGCGCGUCACGCGACCGCUCCGCGCCCUUACAAGAUGACCGGGGUUUUUGAGAAUUUAAAUACUGAUAUGCAUUCAAACCAGAUUACCUCAAGUAACUACCACGGCCUACACAAGUCGCAAGAAUCGCCGACUCUGCCGGUGUCUACGGCGACGGACAGCAGCUAUUACAACAGCCCGCAGCCUGGACACUGCGCAGGGUCUCCGUUUGGCCAACUCGGAUCGUACCAGUACCACGGCAGCGCAGCGAGCUCUGUGCCAUAUAACGCAAAGUCAUACGACCUCGGCUUCAACUCCUCUUAUGGUGCAUACGGCUCCUACGGCACCACAUCGUCUCCUACUCCAGCUGAAACAGAGAAAGAAGAGAGUGAGCCAGAAAUCCGGAUGGUUAAUGGGAAACCAAAGAAGGUCAGGAAACCUCGAACCAUAUAUUCCAGCUUCCAGCUGGCUGCACUUCAGCGGAGAUUUCAAAAGACGCAGUAUUUGGCUCUGCCUGAACGGGCCGAGCUGGCAGCCUCGCUGGGCCUCACGCAAACACAGGUCAAAAUUUGGUUCCAAAACCGUCGCUCCAAGUUCAAAAAAUUAUGGAAAAGUGGAGAAAUCCCUCCAGAGCAACAUGUUGCUUCCAGUGAAUCUCCCCCCUGCACAUCACCGCCAACUACUGCCUGGGACUUUCCACAGAACCAGAGAAUGAACAGCGUAAGCUCCAGUUUACCUCAGAGCAACAGCCCUCCCAACACGACUGCGCCUUCGUCGUUUUUGGCAAACUACUCCUGGUACUCAACCACGAACUCCACGACGCAUCUACAGCCGACUCUGGUGCAACAUCACCACAACGCCGCCAUAAGUGCUGGGACGAUAUUCUAAACAAAUAACACCAAGUAGACAUCGGGUUUAAAUCGGACACAACUGGUGCAAAAAAAUAAAACAAAACAAACAAAAAGGCUAAUUAUUACUCAGACCUCCACGCGAACUUUACGCGUCAGUGGAGUCGCGCAGGUUAAUGGACCGUGCCAGUUUACGCACCGGUAAGUGGUAGCCACAGAUUUUGCAGUUAUUUUUGUAUUUAUUUAUUUUUGCUUAUGUCAAGGGAUGAAUGAACCACUGUUACCCAAAGCAAUCACAACCAAGGCGAAAGCUGCCUUUUUUUUUCGCGGACGUCACUUUUUUGCCAUUCCUGCAUUCAAAAAGAUUUAAUCGCAGGAAAACACAAAUGUAGCACAAAAGUUAACUGUAUCGUGCCUUUUGAACAUGACCUCAUUUUGUUGUAAUAAAACAGAUACCUUUGUCCUUUCUUCACAUUGAUUUGUUUAUAAUAAGGGUAAGUGUUUGAAUCCAUCUUUGUAAAUAUUUUUCCACAUGCUUUUUGAUAGUCUGUGUCGCUUUGGCUCUUUUUAUAAUAUUGGUACAAACCCAUUAACCAUCCCAAGCUACUGAAUGUCUUAGCCUCUGUUUUACUUGUAUCACAAUUAAUUGUAUUUUGGUCUUAUUUAUUUUAGCGGUGUUCGACAUGUUAUUUAAAUAAAAUGUUUUCUGUGCACACACACCUCUCUUUUUUAACUAUACUGCAGAGUUAAACAGGCUAUGAUGAGUGAUUUCUGAAAACAGUAAUCAGUUUGCAUUGAAUAUUUUGAUCAGUAUUGUACUGUGCAUCAAUUUUAAGGCAUGGCUAAAAAUCAGAAAGCAAACGUCCUGCAAAAAUAAUGAACGGCUUCAUUUGUUUUACUGCAUAAAAUAUUAAAAACAAAA